AUGCCCUUCCGAGACCUCCUCAGAGCCCGCAGCUCCUCCGCGACCCCCAUCGACCCCCAUGAGUGGAAGCUACCUCAUCGUUUUCCAGUCGCACAAAGCAUCGAUGAGCAGCCACAGAUACCUGAUCCCGCAAUCUUCAAAGAUCUCCGCCUUCAGCCAAACGACUCGGCAUCUACCACAUCCUCAAUUCCAUUCGCCUGCGAUUUGGCUGUCCAUCUAUGUCUUCUUGAAUGCCUACAUAAGUUCAGACGAGAUGCUAUCCAGUCCAAGACUCUCGAUAUCAUGUUUCAAGGACUUACAACGCCGGAGCGAACGUCAGCCAUUGGGGACGAAAAAGGCAUUGCAGCUCAAAAGUCCACCGCCAAGGAGGAGGUGGAUACAGAAGACGAAGGUUACCAAAAACGGAAAUGGAGUCUCAUCGUGAAGCUUGCAGUCGCUCGUUUCGAGCUAUGGUGGCAAAAUAUCGAAGGAAUCAUGAGUCAAGCUGCGGCGUAUGCGCCCAUACAUCAAAGGGCCAGUUUCACUACAUUAUUCACGAAAGACUACCUCCCGCCCCUGGACGUUCUCAUGGUUUGGCAUAGCUACGUCUUGGACACAGCAAAUUUCAAGUCAGACUGCUCUAAAUUUGAUAAGCAGAAGUUUUUCACUCUCGGUUUGCCAUGGAAGGCCAUUCAUGAUACCAUCAGCCGCGAAGACUUCUCGUACAACCUCACAAAACCUGCGCAGAAGAUUUUUCGAACAAAGCUUUCCCAGUCACCGGACUUCCUGAAAGAUAUCACCACGCCGCCAUUGUACUCAGCCGGCUCGGCUGACAAACCACUGACGAACCUGAUCAAGGCUAUUCAUGCACAAGAGCAAAUGAUGGAACGAGCGCAUAUGUUGCUCUGGAUUCGUUCACCUGCCCUCCAAAGCUCAUUGAGCCGUACUCUAUCUGCAUAUCAGCGCGCUUUGCCAAAUCUGGCGAAGGAAGAUCAGCUUUCGGAGAUACCAAGCCUCUCAUUCGACAUCGCGCUUUCAUGGUAUACCCAUCAGCUGUCUCCUCCGUCCUACCAUCACUACGUCGAGAAGAGCACAUGCGCAAAUGCAGAAUACAAGUGCCCAGCAACUUCGACAGCAAAGUCAGAAGAAGGUGAGCGUCUUGCACCUCCGCCAGAUUAUACGGCCAAAGACGAGCAUCACACCUGCCUUUGCUGGACAUGCGAAGCGAUCAAAGAUGCGACGAAGAACAAAAUACCCAACGUCAGAGCGCUGACCCAAGAGAAACAAUCAUGGGUACAAGAGGACGUAGGCUUUCACGUUGCUGCAGAGUCUGCUCGCAGAAGCGGUCGAAAAUUGCCGAUGCGAAAGAAAGGGGGAAAAGAGAAGAAAGAAGAUGUAUGGGAAGAAGACUACGGGAUCUAUUACUAUACCACAAUCAUGCCCGCAGAGUAUGAUAAGAAGGGUAAUCUGGUGAAGAAGGAGGAAAGAGUGGUGAUGAGAGAGAUGGGCUACGGCAAUGCCAUUCUGUGGACCAUGGGUUCUGUGGCACCUAAGGGUGAAAGUCUUGUUUGGCCAUGA